AGCGCUACGUUUCGGUAUCUGCAUCAACAACAGCAAAACAGUUCCGAACGGUUCAACACAUCCUGGGGACCUUCCAGAAACCUUUACACAUAGACAAGACUGCUUCUGCGGGUUUUCCGCACGGCUGCUCUCCCUGUCCUCUUUUCUUUUCCUGGACAUCAGUGCGAACGAACAAAGACAUUGCUACUGCUACAGCGCCAUACACAAGACGUAAGCGCUUGCUUCAAUAGAUUCCACCCUUUCACUCACACCGUAGGGAAACCCUGAGGGCUCUUCUUUCUUUCUUUAUUGAGGUUAUUCGACUUCUCCUGAGCAGUUUCGAGCUGUCCGCUGUUUUGUGUUCGCUUUCGUAAGUUGAGAGCGCCGAGCCACGAACACAGGCGAACGUGCGGCAUUUUUCUCCGUCAAGUUUGAGGGUUUCUGUUCAGUGGUGUUGUGUUCUUCCCUCUUUAGAAAUACUUAUUAUCCCACUUCCAUGACGUCAUCUUCGGCGCCCCUGGCGUACCCGUCCAGCGGGGAGUGCAACGUUCUGAUACAGCGCUUCAAGCUACUAAACCUCGUGCAACGCGUGGCGCACCGCGAUGUGAGCGAGAUGAUCGACACCGUCGGGCUGGAGAGCUUGGUACGAAAGGGAACGCUUGCAAAGUGGGCGUGGACAGCGGGCGAUGAUUGGAACAACGACGAUGGUGCGUUUGGCGACCGUGGAACUGAAGCAAGCUACGCUGGCUACGGCAAGUACACGGCCCGGCGCAGAGCGGAACGUCAGCGCCAUCGAGCCAACACAGAAAACGCAGCGGCAACAAGAUCCGUCUCGCAGCGCACCACCUCUCCCCCUGGUCCCGCGCGAAUGGCGUUUGGACGGUCCACGACGGGCUUCGAGGCUCGCGUUGCCGCCGCGCGGUGGAACAGCGGUGUCGAGGAGGACAACGAGGAGGAGAGCCGCAAGUACGGCCUGACGAGGCGCGUCGAUGUCGCGGCGCCGCGGACCACCAGCGAUGGGCGGGAAGAGAGCGCAACACGACGGCGUUACGUGGUUCGACGCACGCAGCGGCUCCUGCGCAGCAGCCCCGCCGACCGCGACGCAUUUUUCUCACGGCUGGCUGAGCCGCGUGAGCGACCCGAGCCGGUGGUGGAGGACGUCUUCGUCUACGAUGCGGUGCCCGACCGUAGAGGGCGGGACGGCGGUUCAUCGCGGUCCAAGCUGGGAGCGCGGGAAAUUUACUUAUCCGGAGACGGGCAGCGAGGUGAGCAGGACGACUACUAUGCCGCACAAAACCGUCGCCAUGCGCCACCCUUAAGCACCCUCUCCCUGCCAUCACCACCACCUCUGGGUUUCUCGCACUCAUCCUCCACCUACGUGAAUCGCCGCGGGGGUGCUGAGGGCCACUCGUUUGACGCGGACGAUAUACGGGCACACUAUCAAGGCACGUCGUCCAUGUAUCCGCCCCCAUCCCACGCCUUAGCCGCGCCAGGCGGCGUGCCGUCGCAGCCUGGCGAGGGUCGAUACCGCUGCGGCUACUCGAGUGUGCAGGUACGAGGCGAGUCGGAGGAAGAGGUGGAGGAUACCGCACUACCCUCCGCGCUGCCUCCUGCGCCGUCCUUGCAAGGGCGGCAGCAGCAGCAGCUGUCGUCUGAUACACCUGCACCGCUGCACAGCGGCGGGCAAGAGGAGGCGGAGGAGUCAGUCGAAAUGCAAUCCACGCUUCUCCCUACGGAAUCAGCUCCUGCGGCACGUGGCGCAGUCCCGGAUGUGAAGCUGGCCUCGUUCGCCGAUGGCCCCGCCCGGCGCCGCAACGUGAACUUUGCCCUCAACAAGGCAGACUUGUACGACGGCAUGCCGACGACGGGCAACGACAACGCGACGUCCAUGGACUCGAAUGCGUGGGACGUGCCAGGGGCGACUGCAUCUGCAGAUUGCGCACGUGGACCUGAGUGUGAUGACGCAACAAGCCCCGUUCUCUCGCAUUUGCAUUUUCCACGCGCAGGCGGCAACGCUGCCGGUGCGCUGAAUAUCACUGGCAGUGUCCGUGGUGGGGGUGGUAGCAGUCUCAGCUCACCCGGUGGGCUGAAGACACGCAGCAGCUCCGGCGUGGCCGGCUUCCCGAAGUCUCCACGGAUGGGUCGCGGGUUGGCCCCCAAGGCGAAGCCGAAGGGUGCUGUUGUCGACUCGCAGAUUCCUGUGGAGGCCGUGCGCCAUGCCGCUGCCCUCAUCACCCGCGCCAACUCCACCCCCACCAUCGAGCCCUCCCCGAACACGAGUACACCGGGCAACAGUUACGUAGCGGCACACGCCUCCCCACAAUCGCAGCAGCCACCGAUGUCCAGAAUCCGCUCCAACCCAGUUGGCUUUGCCCACGGCGGCAGUAUCUUGCUCUCUCCGCGGCCAAGAACGGUGGAGGUCAGUGCCGAUAGCCGACAGCAGCACAUGGAUGGCGGUCAACACUCCCCCGAAGCCCCUGUUGGCUCCGCCGUUUCCGCACCCAUCACACCACGCUUCUCCACACGCACAGGCGCCGCCGUUGCCGAGGCCGCUGCGGCGCCCGCGGGUGUGUCCACCGCAGCUGGCGCGUCGACGGCGGUGCCGGUCAAUGAAGGCGCACAGCAAUCCUUUCAGGCGGUUUCUUCCAAGGUGGACCACAUGCUCCAGAAUCUGCAGCGCAUGCUGCGGCGUGUGUACAAGGACGGCGGCGACGAAGUGCCCGACAAGUUGGUUGAGGCGGAUCCAAAGACGCAGCAGCGGACUACGCGUGGGGGCGGGGUCGGGGCGAGGACUCCGUCCGAGGAUGACGCGUACAGCUCCUCCUUCGAGGAGUCGGACAGCGAGAAGGACACCACCGGUGCGGGUAACGACAGCUACAACAUCUACCGUGAAGAGGAUGGACUCGGCGUGGACGGCGAGGACGACGAGAUGCUGCUGUACACCCAGAUUCAACACAAGGUGUCUCGCCUCGGCGCAGCGAUGAGCCGACUCACGCUGCCCAGCAGCAGCGAAGACGGAGAGGGGAGUGUGGCGCGGGAGGCGGCGGCGGCAGCGGCGGCAGUUGCGUUUCGUCAGGCGGAGCGGAGCAGCACCGCCCCUGCCGCACCCCCGUCGUCGUCUGCGCUGUCUCCUGGACGCUCACCGGGCUCUCGACCUGCCGCCGCCCGCCGUGCUCGCGGGGACAUUCCUGAUGGGAUUGUACAACGCCUUUGUGCGUAUCGCAUGGAGCACUUCCAGUACAUCGCCUACAACGAGCGGCUGUGGAACACCAGCACGACCUCGCAGUUUGUGUUUGCGCAGCGUUUAACCGCCGCACUCUUGGAGGAAUGCUGGGCCGAAGUCAUGGCUGAGGUGGAUGCGAAUAUGAGCGAGUACGUGGAGGGGUUGGUGGACCACGAGCUGCAGUAA